CAAACGCGGGCGGGCGGGCCCGCAGCCCUGCAGUUGCAGUCGUGUUCUCCGAGUUUCUGUCUCUCUGCCAACGCCGCCCGGAUGGCUUCCCAAAACCGCGACCCGGCAGCCACUAGCGUCACCGCCGCCCGUAAAGGAGCCGAGCCGAGCGGGGGCGCCGCCCGGGGUCCCGUGGGCAAAAGGCUACAGCAGGAGCUGAUGACCCUCAUGGUAUAUGAAGACCUGAGGUAUAAGCUCUCACUAGAGUUCCCCAGUGGCUACCCUUACAAUGCGCCCACGGUGAAAUUCCUCACACCCUGCUACCACCCCAACGUGGACACCCAGGGUAACAUAUGCCUGGACAUCCUGAAGGACAAGUGGUCUGCCCUAUAUGACGUCAGGACCAUUCUGCUCUCCAUCCAGAGCCUUCUAGGAGAACCCAAUAUUGAUAGUCCGUUGAACACUCAUGCUGCCGAGCUCUGGAAAAACCCCACAGCUUUUAAGAAGUACCUGCAAGAAACCUACUCAAAGCAGGUCACCAGCCAGGAGCCCUGACCCAGGCUGCCCAGCCUGUCCUUGUGUUGUCUUCUUAAUUUUUCCUUAGAUGGUCUGUCCUUUUUGUGAUUUCUGUAUAGGACUCUGUAUCUUGAGCUGUGGUAUUAUUUUUGUUUUGUUUUUGUCUUUUAAAUUAAGCCUCGGUUGAGCCCUUGUGAUGUAUAUUAAAUAAAUGCAUUUUGGUCCUUUUUUAGACAA